CAAGUUUUGCCCUGAGAACAGACACUUCAGUUUUCCGGUGCCAACCUCAAGCUCAGACCCCAAAAAAAAGAUUAGAGCCAAAUAAAAUUAGCAGAGCAGCAGAGCAGACUUGUUUAAAUAAGUUGAGUUAAAAACAUGCAACGACACGGAGGGAGAGGGAGUAACCGAGAUAGACAGGAAGUCUGAGUGAGAAGUGAGUUAGCCACCUGUGAGCUUCACAUGAACAGUGCUCAGUGACAGAGGACGUGGAGGUUGAAGCUGUUGUAACUCUGUAGGGUCCAGAUGGCGUAUAGUUCAGGGGGCAGAGCGGAGGAGCUGCCACCAGCUCUGCCGGUCAAACAGCACAGGAGUCGUAGUCGCUCCAGCGCGGACUCUUUCCUCCUCAGCCCCGUGGGACUCCAGCAUCAGAACUACGCCUACGACGACGUCUUCUCUGAGCCCACGGAUUGUCAUGCAGAUCAGUGCCCCAUACACCAGCGCUACGAUCCCUUUCGACACGAGGAGAGAUUUUUCUCAGACGUCAACCCCCCGCCUGUUCCAAGGAAGAAGUUAAAUCGCACCCUCUCCCUCCCUGGAACCAACGCGACCCCGCUGUGUCCCUGGUCUCCCUUGUCUCCCCUGCAAAGACACCCUCAAAACUUUGACAACCCCUUGUACAUGCUGGCUCCCGCACCUCACCACUACUUCCAUCAGGAGAUAGAAGAGGUCACUAAAGUCAGAAGGAGCGUGGUUCCUUUGCUCUCCUUCUCCCAGCUGUCCUUUGACACCCCGGACGAACAUCUGCCAAACCUCUUCAGCAGCCUGGACGACCAGAGGGUUGUUUCUCAGGGGAUCCUGCAUCGCCAUCUACUCUUUCUGAGAAGCAUGGCGCAGAGUGUAGAGGCCGGGAUCCUGCAGCGAGGAGAGGCCGCAGAGAAGGACGCCAGCUCAUACCAGCCUCAGGAUUUCCUGCUUACUGAGGACAGCCGGCCAAAGCAGAUAGGAGAGUGUGUUUACUACAGACUGCACAGCCCCAGGUUCCCAGGGAGGGUGCUCGGUUUAAAGGUGCACAAACACGCACAUGAAGCACCCACCCAACACCAACUGUCACAUGUCAACGUGCAGAGUGUGGUCGCUCAUUUCACACCCAGCAGCAUCCUGAAGAACGACUCCAGCACCUUACAACCUCAAGAUCCCUCCACUCCUUCUAUAUCAGAAUUCACUGCUGCUGAAACACCAGGUGGAGGCAGCACUGAGUAUUCCACAGAUCCCUUAAUGACUAAUGUGAGCUCAGUUCAGUCUUUCCUGCAGAGAGGACACGCAGUGAGCGUUGAGAGGGACCUGCCACACGUCACUCUGGAGGACUUCGUCCAGGAGACCCGCUGCCUGCAGAGCGCAGAGAGUUUGCUUUAUGACAGACAGGUGUGUGUCCUGUUGCUGCAGAUAAUAACAGGUGCACAGCAUCUCUACAACAUCGGGGCCAUGGCAGCAGAGCUCAGACCCCAGGAGAUCUUUCUGGUGUGGCCCUGCGGGGCGAGGGACGAGAGAGAAAACAAGCUUGAUGAUUCUUCUGAAGCGAAGAGAAGUUUGAAGACCAGCAGGUUGAAAGAAGAGAGGGAGUGGGAAACCCCGGAGAAAAAGGGCAAGAUCCAGAUGUUAUGGAGGAGACAAGGUUCCCCUCGUGUGGUGUUAAACCCGCAGUCUGGGUCUCACCCCCUUUCCUCCAUAAACUCACAGAUUGGUGCCCUGUUGCAGUUCUGCUUGUCCUCACAAGAGAGCUCAGCAUCAAGCCUUUCCACGUCCUCAUACAGACGGGCUCUUCUUCACCUGUCCUCUCUGCUCCAGAAUGGGAGCAGCGGGCCUCAGAUAGCCGACAUGGUGGCCCUGCUUCAGGUGCUCCUCUGGGGGCCCCAUGUCGCACUCCUCAAUCCCAGCGGCCCCACCACAGCAGCAACUGUACACAACUGGCUGACGAUCAAACGGGCGCUGCUGGUGAUGAAGCUGGCGGAGAGAGGGCUGAUCCAGGAUCAGUCCGCGCAGGACUGGGAGGAGUGCAUGUGUCUGCAGUACCUGUCAUUCACAGACCCUGAGACAGUUGUGAGUGUGACCAGUCAGCUGGGGCUUACUUUGACAAUGGACUGACAUGUACAGGCAGUCCAUGUUGAAAUGAGAUGGUUCCUUGAAUCUCUCCUGGGUAUUAUUAUUAUUAUUAUUAUUAUAAUAGAGUUAAAGGAAAAGCCAAUUCCUUCCAUGCUCCUUUCAGUAUCGAUCUUCAUGUGAAAAGUGUUUCACUUUGAAUGUUUACCUCCACCAAGGAGGUUAUGUUUUCAUUCUGUUUGUUUUUCUGUCUGUCAGCAAGAUUUCUCAAGAAGUAAAUGGGCGUGAUCAAGAGAUAGGGUAUUAGCUUCAAUGGAGGUAUGAACACCCCUUUUUUAGCUUGGGCUGUAAUAUGAAUAAUUAAAUACCCUGAAGAAGUAUUUUCUUUCUCUGCUUUCAGUCAGUUCAGUUUCGGUUAUUUCACAAGAUAAUUGUGCAUUUCUCUUUUUUGUAUGUGCUGUUUGCACAGACUGGAAAUUAAGGACUCUUGAAAAAUAAAACCUUAAGAUGAUUUAAUUUUGAUUGUGACUGUUAAACACUGCCAGAGGAUAUAUACAUGUACAGGCAUUUUUAAAUCAAAGCUUAACACGUACUUCUGUGAUACUGCAUUCCCUGAUUUGACCUAACUCUAGUGUCAUGUUUACACAUUUAGUGAUUUGAUACUUUUAUUUCCUGUUUUUAUACUUUUACUUGUGUUUUUCAUUUGUGGAGCACUUUCUCUUGAGAAGUGCUUUACCAAUAUAGAGAUUGUAUUGUCCCAAACCCCUCAAAAGAAUUGUUAUGGCAGUUUUAUAAAUAAUACUUAAGGGCUUUGAUAAACUUGCCUUUUGAAAGUC